UCCUUUUUCCCGCAGUAGCGCGCCGAGUUUGAAGACAGUAGCGCGGUGUGUUUAUAAUGUUAGUGUAGGUUUCAUGUGUGGAAGAAAAACUUUAAUUUCCGUAUUUUUUGUUUUUGUUUUUAAAGCGUUUUCCAUCUACGUGAGUGUAUUUCCUGGUCAUUUCCGUUAGCUUAGCUUCAGUUAUGUCUACAGUAAGUCCGUGAGAGGACAGACCUUCAGUAGCUCGAUGGUGUUUCCGGUCACUCCUGACAGGGUUUAAUCAGAUAAAGUGACCAGACUGCAGCUGGAUUUUAAAGGAAGAAAGCGGACACUCGGGAAAGUGCUGUGUCCGAGCGCUUACAGGUAGCUGGAGCUAGCGAGCUGAGCCGCUAAUGGAGCCGGACACUGAGAUUAUUGUGCUGAGCGAUGAUGAAGAUACAGGAGGUGACCACACGGGGGCGCUCGACAACUCCUCCAUUCUAAUAGUGGAAGACAGCGAUGAGAGGAAAGAUAUGUCCAGUGAACCCAGUGUAACUGUGGACGAUGAUGUGACCAUAACCUUCUCUCGGAAAGCCAACGUCCUUCCUCACGCCCGAUACGACUGCACCGUGUCCUUCAGCUUUACAGACUCCAACAUCUCUGAGGCGGAGAGCAGUAACGCAGCCUACUGUGAGCAGUGCUUCUGUUAUAUCUGUGACCACCUGGCCUCACAGUGCAAGUUCUGGACCGUUCCCGGGUUCUGUCACUGUAAUGCUCACAAACGCAGCGUUUACUGGAAAUCCCUCCGUGACAAAAGGAUCAUGGGAUACCUGCACGAGCUCAAGUUCAACUUUAACCCGGCGGAUAUGGAUUCGGACCUCCGGCGUGCUGAAACCUCCCUCCAGGAGUUUGCACGCAACUUGGCGCUGAAGUACGCCACUUUCUUCAUGGCGAUGGGGAACCUGACCCAACAAUCCGCCUGCGCAUGUCUGUGUCACUCCACCAAUAGGAGAGCAGCAGACAGCAGCUUGGCCAAUGGGAGUGCAGCAGGAUGCGGCAGGUGUUACGUCGAGCACCAGAAGUUUGUUCUGUAUGACUACACUCCUGUGAUGGAGUAUGUGCAUGCGUUUCUCGAUGACACCAUCAAGGAAAAUCCGAAGACCGGUUCGGUCAUGGUGCUCGGAGCCGUUAAGCUUUUCAUCACACACGCUACACCUGGAAGCAUACAUGCCCCAGCGAUUUCACACAUCCUGCUGGAACUGUUUUGGAGAGCCAUGUCAAUAGUGCAGGUUUUAUUAGUCGAUGCUGACUUCCCCGCCUCCUUCAACAAGCAACUUCAAGACUUCUUCCAGAUUCUUCCACUUCCUCCUGACUUCAGGAAAUUCAGAAAUAGCCUGAACAUCCUUUCCUGGGACGACCCUCUGCUCUCGGCCGUGCUGAAGGGGCAGAACGUCACCGGGGUCAGGCACGUCAAAGGUCGACGCCCGGAGUCGUUGGAUGAAGCGCUGGUGGUGGUCAGAACCCGGGUUCUUAAACUCCAGCAGCAGAACAGGUAUCGGGAGUUGGCUCGCUAUCUUAGAGUUGUGAAAAGUGACAACGCUGCCAAGCUGCAGAUGAUGAGAGACUGGGUUCCGCUUUAUCUGUGCAAGGUUGGUGAUUAUGCCCGUGCGGCCGACUCCUUGCUCAGCCCCAUGUACGGCUCCUUGUGCCCCGCCUCUAGGCUUAGCCCUGCCCAGUUUGGUGCCUACCUCAAAAUAUUCCUGUCUGGCCAUGCCCCCACAGGAAUACCACACCCACCGCCAGUUGAGUUUAGUCCUUAUGCUCAAAAUGUCCCCAUGGUCCAGAUGGAUCCUUUACUAAGUAGCACAUGGUCACUAAUUGAAGGAGGAUCCAACCUUCUGAAAAGCCAAGAGGUGCUGAAGUUUGCUCUUCGAGUCCUGAGCUGUAACGCUGCAGUGUUCACACAUGCUGAAAGCUGGACAAAAGUCCUGAAACUUGCCAACCAGUCAUCCUCCAGUCCAGACGGCUCGUGUUUACCGGAACCCGACUACAGCUUCCUGAUGAGGACCAGGGACAUCGCCUCCGGAAUCCUCUGUGAGCUCCAUCGUACUUCACGGAUCCAGAUUCCGAAAAACUUUCAACAGGGAUAUCCGGACCAGGCGCUGUUACUGUUAGUCACUCAGGCUCUGGCAGAGCGUCUUCUGCACUCACAACUCAAACCCAUCCUCACCGUCCUCCUGACCUUCAAAUCAAACCCCUGGGCGAUGCGCUGGUUGUUCAGCAGUCUACUGGUGCAGCCACAAACUCCUCAGGAUCUGUUGUGUGUGACUCUGGAGGAACUUGUGGACCCACAGUGCAGAUCCAUCAUGAGGGUCCAGGACACAGCUGAGCAGUUCUUCAUUGCGAGUUUCCUCUGCCUGUUCUUCCUGGAGCCCAGAGUUCUUCUCCAUCUGAACUCUUACCCCAUCACUGAGCUGCUGGCUAAGUGGAACGAGUUUGAAAACCCGUGGCAGUAUCACCUCAGACGGAUGCUGGAAGUCAAUGAGUCGAGUCUGAGCGCGGAGAAACAGCAAAUCCUCAUCCAGAUGAUUCAGUGGGGUCUGCGCCAGUAGAGCGUGUGUGUGUGUGUGUGUGAGACGUCAGUAUGGUUGGUCAGAAGAGUUCACACGGGUACGUUAAUUAAGACUGUUAAGAGGACAGUCUAGUGUUUCUAAUGUUUCUAAUGUUUGCAAAGUUUAUAGGUUUUGAAAUAAUGUGAUUAAAGUUUUGUUAAAAAGCGAA